UUCUUUUCAACUUGUGUAUAUUUUUUUUUUUUUUUUUUUAUUAUUAAGAUGGAUUAUGAUAACGCCUCACAGCAAUGUACAGUUAACAUACAAUAAACACAUUGCAAUAAUUAAUAAUAAUAAAAAAAUGUUGUGGUAGUUUUUUAAAAAAAAAAAAUAAAAAAACAAAAAAAAAACUACAUUGUUUAUCAAUAUAUAAUUUCUUCAUUGUUUAAAAAAUUAAAUCUACAAAAGGGAGGAGUUUACAAAGCGUCGUUUAGGACAAAAAAAAAAAGUCUAAAAAUUAACAGUGUUGUUUAUACUAUUGUGUGUUAAUUAAUAAUUUAAACAAUCAAAAAAAAAAUCAUCAAAAUAAUAAUAAAUAAAAGACAAUUCAAUGAUUAUUGGAGUACCAGAUAAAACAAUAAAUGGAAUGUUCAGUAAAAAGCCGGCAUAACGGUGAGGAAGAAGAGGAAGAAGACCAAGACGAAAAAGAAAAAGAAAAAAAAUUAGUGAUAGGUGUGGCGUUGAUGAUAUUUAUCAUUGGAUAAGUUACAGAGGGAUGAAUGGAACGACAGUGGUGCGCCGGUCUGUCGGUGCUACUGCUACAACUGGUGGUGGAAGUGGUGGUGCUGGAGCUGGAGGUAGUGUACAAGAAUUACCACCCGUUGCAACUCUUGUUGUAUACAAAGAUGAUGCUGGUUAUGGUAUGAAAGUAUCUGGUGAUAAUCCUGUUUAUGUACAAUCAGUUAAAGAUGGUGGUGCUGCUGCAAGAGCUGGUCUUCAUGCUGGUGAUACAAUAAUCAAGGUUAAUGGAGUCAACGUUACGUCUUCAACACACACUGAAGUUGUACAACUUAUAAAAUCUUCAACACAAGUUGUUCUUACGGUUCAACAAAAAACAGGUAUUCAACUUGGUACACAAAAUCAAUCACAACGACCAACAAGUUUAACAACAGCUGGUUCAAUGGUAUCAUCAACAUCACCACAAUCAUCAACAUCAUUACAUCGUGCAGCAACAGCACCAGCUGGUAGUGCACCAACAACAACAGCACGUAUUACUGGACCACAACCGGUUGACGUAAGUCACCAACGUGAUAGCAUGGAUAUUAUUAUUAUUGCUAAAAAAUACAUAUCACUUGCUUGUGACAUAAAUUUAUCUAAAUACAAUACACACAUUUAUCCGCUUUUAAAACAGAGGCUACCGUUUUUUUCUACUUUUGCACCGAAACCAUCAAAACGAAAACUUGAAAAAAAACGACAAUUGGAAACUCAGCGUGUUCACACGUUUCAACUGAUGUUGGAAAAAGAACAGAGUUAUGUUGACAAGCUGAGAAGUGAACUUGCCAAAGCUGGCACAAGUUCGGGGAAUGCAUCAAAUAUAACAACACUCCAGUCGGAAUUACAUGGUGCUGAAAGACGAGUUAGAACAUUGCAAGAUCAACUUACAGCAAUUACCACCAACGACCAGCUUUGCUCGUUGGUAACAAAUGUCCCGGUAUCCCCUGGUAAUUAUUCAAGUUCUGUAGGUGGUGGUGUUGGUGUUAUUGGUGAUAUACCACCACCCUUACCCUCACGUAAAACCACCCAGUCCAUGAUGAAUAAUUCCCCACCUCCGUUACCUCCACGACCUCCACAAUCCGUAUCAAACACGCACAACAUUGCACAAUUGGAGCCGGAGAGAAAUCUGAUGUUUCAUUUAACGCCCCCAAGUCAUGGUAUACCUAACUCUACAUCACCUGGAUCAAAUUUGGAUUCUCCAUCAUCAUCACCAUCAUCAUCACUGAAUAAACAUCAACGUGCAAAAUCAUCACCUGAACAAUUAGGUAAUUCACCAAUUGUUUUAUCACCAUCAGAAGCAAGCAGACGUUUAAUUUUAUCUGAAUCAAUGAAUGAUUUAUCAACAUUAUCAUCAUCACCACCACCACCACUACCACCACCACUACAACCAUCACCUUUAUCAUCAACAUUACCACCACCACCAUCAUCAUCUUUAUCAUCUUCAUCAUCAUUAUCAUCAUCACAAAAUCAAGGUGGUAGACAAAGUAGUAUAGAUGUUGAUGAUCCAAUACACAUCACACCACCAGGUACACCACCACCACCUUAUCCCCAACAAAAUUCUGGUCUUGAUACAACAACAUCAUCAUCAUCGUCAUCAUCAACAAUAGUAAAUGAUAAUUUUAUGGAUAAUUUAGUAAAUUAUUAUCUAACACCAACAAGACCAACGUUGAAUGAUAGUGGAACUGGUUUAUCAUUAAUUCAACAACCAAUAAUGUCAAUGGAAGAUGAUGAUAUGAGUGAUCAAGAAGUUGGACAACUAGAAGAUCAUGGACCAUUUAAAUCAUUAUCACGUUUAUGGGAACAUCAUGCACAUUUAUCUGUUUUUAUAAAUUAUGUAUUAUCAAAUAGUGAUCCAUCAAGUUUAUUAUUUUAUUUAAUAACUGAUUUAUAUAAAGAAGGUAAUGCUAAAGAAAUGCGUAAAUGGGCAUAUGAAAUACAUUCAAGUUUUUUAGUACCAUGUGCACCAUUACGUCUUAAUAAUGUUGAUGAAAGUGUAGCAUGUGAAAUUGAUGAUGUAUUAACUAAAGAAUCCGAUAAAGAAGAAAUAUUACGUAAAAUUUUUUGGAAAGCACGUGCACGUGCUAAAGAAGAAUUAAAUGAACAACUUGCUGAUUUUCAACAAAAACGUACUGCUGGUUUAGGUAUGUUAUUUGGUCCAAGUGAUAUACAACUUGAUGAAAGUGAAACAGAUAAAACAAAAGAAUAUAAAAUUAUUGAAACAUAUUUAUUACCAAAAAUGGAACCAUAUAUUGAAGAUAUUGAAAAAGAUCCAGUUGAUACACGUCAAUUAACAACUGCUGCUGGUCUUGCAACAAUAUUAACAAAAAUAUUUCAAGUACGUUCUGUAACCUUGGAUCAUGUGCCAACAUUUGUUGCUAAGGAUAAAUCAAAUAUUAAAACACGUUUAUUAGCUAAUAAAAAUCGUAAAAUGAUUAUCAAAGGACAUCAUUUUAGUAUACAUCAAUAUUAUACUGUAACUAGUUGUAAUCAAUGUGAUAAUAUUAUUGGAGGUAUUGGUCCACAAGGCUAUCAGUGUUGUGAUUGCUCGUUGAGUUUUCAUCGUCAAUGCGUCAGAACUGUUGAUGAUGUUUGUCCUGGUCCAAAUUUGAGUGCGAAAAAGGAUCGUGCUAAUGAUAGACUUAGCAAAUUUAUGGAACGUAUUAGACCAGAAAGAAAACCACCAUCAUCUCAUCAUCAUCAUGCCAUUGCAACCAAUCACAUUAUUUCGGCUGAACGUAUGGAUUCUGCUGUUCCAGAUGGCGAAAAUGGAGAAUUUCGUGGAGGCGGUGCAAGCGGAAACACUCGUAGUGAAAGAGGACGUGCUUCCGUUCAUGAUCAUAUUGAUAGCAUAGACGAUCCUUCAUCUCGAGAAGAUAUAUCCGAAAUGGUACAUCAAAAUAUAUCAACAAAACCAAAAGGAGCAAAUAUCAACAGAUCUGAAAGUUACAAAGAGAGAAUACAUCAUAGGGUAAAAAAAAAACAGAUGAGAGAAAAAAGAAAAACAAGUGAUCCAAAUUUAUCAAAAACAAAUAGGACUGGUUACAGUGAUUGUGAGGUACCUGGUGGAUUUCCUGGUAAUUCUGCUGGUAGUUCAUCAAACAGUAGUUUAUCAACAAGAAGUUUAGACAGUCCAAGUACAAGUUUGGAACAGGUACAUCCAACAAAUUCAGCUAAUAAUAAUAAUUCAACAUCUGGAGAUAGUGAUAUUGAUGUUGAAGCUGAUACACCUGAUUGGAGUCAUGGUGUUGCUGAUGAUGUACUAUCAGGUUUAACAAAUUCAGAAAAAAAACGACAAGAAGUUAUAAAUGAAUUAUUUCAUACUGAAAAAUCACAUGUACGUGCAUUAAAAGUACUGUCACUUGUAUUUCAUAAACCAUUGCUUAAUUCAAAUGUACUACCACUCGAUCAAAUUGAAUUGUUAUUUUCAAAUUUAGACGAAAUGAUAUCAAUUCAUUCACAUUUUAAUCAAUCAAUGAAACGUAAAAAAAAUGAAAAUCCAUGUGUUGGUGAUAUUGGUGAAUUAUUAUUAGAUAUGUUUGAUGGUGAUAAUGGUGAAACAUUUGAACGUGCUGCAUCAAAAUAUUGUGCAAAACAACAAGUUGCACUUGAUGCAUUACGUGAUCGUAGACGUAAAGAUACAAAAUUAAAUGCAUUUUUAAAUGAAAUGGAAUCAAAUCCAAUGUGUCGUAGAUUACAAUUAAAAGAUCAUAUACCAACUGGUAUGCUUAGAUUAACAAAAUAUCCAUUAUUACUUGAAAAUUUAGCAAAAUAUACACCAGAAAAAAAUGAAAAAGAACGUGCAUCUGUAUUACGUGCAUGGGAAAGAAGUAAAGAAAUUGUUAGUUUAGUUAAUCAAGCUGUUAGAGAAACAGAAGAUUGUCAACGUUUAGAAGAAAUAAUAAGAAUGAUUGAUGAUAGAUCAGCAUUUGAUAAAUUUGAUUCAUCAACAGUACAAGAAAUUAAAAAUCUUGAUAUUACUAAAAGAAGAUUAAUAUUUGAGGGUUCAUUACAAUUAAGAAUGUUAAAUAAACCAAAACCAGUUGAUUUACAUGUUGUUUUAAUGGAUGAUACAAUAUUAUUGCUACAAAAACAAGAAGAAAAAUAUUUACUUAAAUUUAUGAAUACAAAUCAAUCAAAUUCUGUAUUAAGUCCAAUUGUUAAAAUAUCAACUGUACUUGUACGUAAUAAUGCUGUUGAUAAAAAUUCAUUAUAUCUUGUUAAUACAUCACAAAAAGGUGCACAAAUAUAUGACUUAGUUGCAUCAACACAAGCUGAAAGAAAAUUAUGGAAUAAACAUAUUUCAGAAGCUGCUGAAGCAUAUAAAGCUAAAAAUCGUGAAGGUAGACGUUCAUCACCACCAACUGUUAUCAAUGACGAUACAAAUUCAUCAAGUCAAGAUAAUCAAUCUGAUAAUAUUAAUGAUAAAAAUAAAAUUGAUGAAGAAAUUGAACAAAAACAAACAAGUGAACAAUUAAAUUCUACAAUUAGUCAAACAAAUAAUGAUGAUAACAAUAUUGAUGAACCAUCAACAACACCUACAACAACAACAACAACAACAACAGUAGAAUCAAAUACAACACCAUCAGUAUCAUCAACCAUUGAAACAGUAACAAAUUUAUCAUCUACAUCUAAUCAACAGCCAUCAUCAACACCUGAUAAUAUUAAUACACAAAAUUCAACACCACCAGCAACAAUAACAACUGAUGGAUUACAAUUUGUAACAUGUACACAAACUUCAUUAAUUGAUCCAAUUGAAGUACAUGCUGAUGAACGUCCAGUACAUACUGCUGAGCCAGUAUUAACACCAAUUGAAUGUUUAAGAAGAAAAGAUGAUGUUAUUAAAAAUGCAUUAAUUGAAAAACAAUUACUUGUUGCUGAUAUACUUAAUAUACCAAAAGAAGAUUUUGAACAUGUUGCUGAUAUGGCAUCAGAAGCAACUGGUAUUGAUAAAGAACCAGCUGAAUUAAUACUUGCUGCAAUUAGUCAAACAAAUCAACUUAUGAGUAUUAUUAAUUCAGCAUUAAAUGUCACUGAGACUGAAGCUGUACUUGCUGCAAGGGGUACAAAUGCUGCUAGUUUAACAACAAGUUGUGAUUCACCUGGUUGUCCUAUUCCAAGAAUUAAUCAACAACAACAACAACAACCGUCAAUUCCUAUUGUUGAAUUACAACCAAUUUGUCAUUCCUUGACGUCACAAUUGUCACAACUAUUGGAAAUAAUAAAACAAAGAGAAGAAGAACGUGAAAAAUUACGUAAAGAAUUACGAAAAAGUCGUGAACGUCUUCAUGCAUUUGAUAUUGAAGCACAAAAACGUGAUACAUCAAUUAAAUCAUCAACAAUCAUCCCAGAUAAUGGUGAAAAUUUACAUGCUGAUUGUAACGAAGAUUUAAACAAAGAUGAAUUUGUCGACGCAUGCACUGAUCCAGAGAUGAUUAAAAGUCAACCAAACAACACUAAAGUAACAUCCAGUAAUCAAGUGAUGGGUGAUUCAGUUGGUUGAUCAAACUCAAUAUAAUUUAACUAAGUUAAAUUUAAUUUUUAGAAUUUUUAUAUUAUAUAUAAUAUAUAUAUAUAAAUCCACACACAUAUAUAUAUAUUAUUUUUGUUUAUAAAAAAGAAGAAAAAAAAAACACACGUAAAUAUAAAUAAAUAAAAAACCUUGGUGCAUUUUUAAAAGAGGUCGCAAAAUGCUCAUGCUAAAAAUCAAAAAGGAUUAAGACCAAUUUGUGUCAAUAUUAAAAAAUUAUAAAUUAUUACUUUGACACUGCUGUACUAUUAAUUUGGCUAGAAAAAAAAAAUAAUAAUUGAAAAUUUAUAAAAAUGUAUUGGGAGGGUGGGAAAUUAAAAUUUUGAAAAUACUUUAUUCAAGAAUUUUAUGUAAAUAGAUUUGAUAUAUAUAUAUAUAUUAUUAUUAAUUUUUCCAUUUUUUUUUUUUUUUUUUUUGGCGCUUCCAUAUGAUUUUUGACACAGUAUCAAUGAUAACUGAUUAUACAUAUUUAUAUAUAUUUUUUUUUUCACAAAUAGAAUAACAUUUUCAAUUUUCUAUCGAUAUUUUUUAAAAAAAAAUUGCGUGAUUAUACAGUAGUAUAAAAUCAUUGAAUAUAACAAAAAAAAAAAAAAAAUUGAUAAAUUUUGUACAAGAAUAUUCGAAAAAAAAAAAAAAAAAGUAAUUAGUUUAAAAAAAUAUUAUACAAAUUUUUGCACUGACAUAUACAUUUGUAUUUGAAUCAUUUAUACAAUACGUAAUUGAUAAUCAAUAUUAUUAUUUUUUUUUUUUGAUAAAAUUUAUUUUUUAAAAUUAGAAGAAAAAAAAGAAAAUUAAUUCUAAUUAUAUGGAAAAUUAUUUGUCCACAUUAAUUUACGAUUUAUAUAUUAUAUAUUGAUUAAAAUAAAAAAUAAAAAACAAAUAGUGAUAUAUUAUUGUUGUACAUUUAUAAAGAAAAAAAAAAAAAAUUAUAUUUUAAUUAUUUGGUAUAUGUUU